GUCUUUCUGCUCAUGCCUGUCAGAAGAUGGCCGAAGCCGGCGAGGCCGUGGCCGGCCCGUCGCCGCCGCCACCGCCACCGUCGCUGCUCCUCAGCCGGGGCAGGGCCCUUGGCGAGCUGGGCGGCAGCACUCAGGGCGCGCAGCGGCUCCUGGCCUAUAGCGACGCGCUGCUUUCCAUCAUCGCCACCGUCAUGAUUUUGCCAGUGGCUCAUACAAAAAUACAUCCUGAUCAGGAACUCAAUGAAAGUGUUCAGCAGCUGCUAGCCACCAAAAUUGCUGUUUAUCUGAUGACAUUUUUGAUAGUAACAGUGGCUUGGGCAGCUCAUGUCAGACUUUUCCAAGUGAUUGAACUCAUUGACGAUGUUCUUGCGCUUCUAAAUUUGGCCUGCAUGAUGCUGAUUACUUUUUUGCCGUACACGUUCUCCUUAAUGGCCUCCUUUCCAGAUGUUCCGUUUGGCAUUUUCAUGUUUAGUAGCUGUGCUGUUAUAAUCGGCUUUGUCCAGGCAGUCAUUGUCAUGUAUGGGUUCCAGCACCCAUAUCUACUUAAUCACCAAAUCCAGGUGUCUGAAAACCAAGCAUUUUAUAAGUAUCAUAUCUUGAAGAUUAUAGUACGAGGACCAACACUUAGCUUUGUCGCUGCCAUCUUUUCAUUCUUCUUCAUCCCAAUGUCUUACGUGUUCCUGGGGCUCAUUAUAUUCUUCCCGCAUAUCCGGCACCUAACCAAAUGGUUUACAAGCAAGACCACUGGUCGGGAAGAGGAGUUGCCUUUAGAGUCGUUUACUUUUUAUCUCAAUGAACCUCUGAGCAAGGAAAGAGUAGAAGCCUUCACUGAUGGGGUCUAUGCCAUUGUAGCAACCCUGUUAAUUCUGGAUAUAUGCGAAGAUAACGUUCCUGAUGCUAAAGUAGUUCGAGAGAAAUACCACGGACACCUCAUCAGUGCUUUGGGCGAAUACGGUCCGAAUUUCCUUGCCUACUUUGGCUCGUUCGUCACUGUCGGCCUUCUCUGGUUUGUCCACCACUCGCUAUUCCUCCAUGUGACGAAAACCACUCAACUGAUGGGCCUCCUCAAUAACCUUUCCCUGGCUUUCAUCGGAGGGCUCCCUCUCGCUUACCAGCUGACCAGCAAGUUCGCCAAGAAGUCCCACAAUGAAAUUGAAGCCAUCCAGGUCAGCUGCGUUACCAUUUUUUUCGGCAGCAUCUUCCAGUUCGGCAUAUGGACGGCCGCUCUGUUCUACGAAAGAGAGACGUUGCAUCCUUACGCCAGCUGGGCACGAUCGGCUGCAGCUCAGUGGCGAGCAUCUUCAGUCGCCUCCAUUUUUUGGAGCACCGGUCCCGAACUCGUCAGGAAGGCCUUCAUGUCGAUGGCUUUCGGAAGAGGCUGAGCUUUUUAGAAGGGCGCUGAAGGCCUCACAGUGAGGCAGCAGCGUGGCAAAGCUUAGGUGGCAAAGUGCGUUAGGAAUUCUGUGCCUGACAUCUGCUGCAAGUUCUGGUUUUUAAUUCAGUGGUUUCUACCCACCUUGGGUCCCAGAUUUCUGGGAGGAAGGUAGGCUUAUAGCAUUUUAAAUGUAUACCUGAGCCCCUCUGCCUUUGCUUUGCGUACAGAAUAGCGUGCGGGUUGGUGGAUGUGUUUAACAGGACCUUAUCAAUUUGAUGGUCUAAGUCUUCUUGCUGGGAAUGGUUAUGGAGGAAGAGCAGGAAGUCUGAGACUGUGGCUUUACCUCUCUGUGAGGGGAUUCAAUAAUGUCAAGGAGUAGUAAAAGCAGUGAACUGAUAUGCAUAAACCCAUUGGCUCCGUAUGACCAGGAAGACAUGUAUCAGGCCGUAAAAUGGGCAUGUAUGAUAGGAUGCAUUAAUAUCAACAGAUGUACCCCGGUUAGACAGUGUCAUCGAUGCAACGAACAUGAAAUUGAGCCAACGUCAGAGGAUGGCAG